UUGGGCUCUCCUGCCUCGGAGCAGUGAGUGGCGCUAGUUUUGAGGGUGCGAAAUCCCAACCCCGCCCUAUCGAGCAGGCACACGAGGUCAACCCAACCCCGUCUGGACUGAAUUCACGGAGGGAAAAGGCGUCGUCAGAGUGCAGCGCCGGUCUUUGGAAGCGCCGCCAGUCCCGCGGGCAGUUCGCCAAGAGGCGGAAUAAGCCAGCACUGGGGCGACACAGAGAGAGAGAUACUCAGAGGUUGCUCCGAGCGCGGACGGUGGCUGUGUGGCGGGCCAAGCUCCAGCACCUUUCGGAGCCGCCUUUCGUUUUCAUUUUCCGGAAGGACAGCGAGCACUGCCUGGGCUGAAAGAAGAAGGCUGGUGGGGAAUUGGAUUGGCUUCUGGGCGCAUCCGGACGAUCACCGGCCCCGCGGUUCCCUCCCCUCCCCUCCACUCUCCUUGUAAUGCAGGUUGAAGUGACAGCUGGCUCUUUGACUCCUGUGGCUACAUCAUCUUUGCCCUUACCAUUGCACUCCACUUCGAAGACGUCAGUAAAGUCGCUCUAUGAUGGACAAAUCUGCACAUUGCCAGGCCGACUAAGAAUCCAACCCUUUCUAUGGAGCAAAGAUGAUGUGAUUCAUUGGCUAAGAUGGGCUGAAAAAGAAUAUUCACUCAGGAAAUCUGAUGAUAGUAACUUUGAAAUGAAUGGAAAAGCCCUUUGUAUUCUCACCAAGGAAGAUUUCAAAUUUCGGGCUCCUAAUUCAGGAGAUGUAUUAUAUGAAUUACUCCAAUACAUAAAGACCCAGAGAAGAGCUCUUGUGUGUAGCCCUCUCUUUAAUAUUUCCUUUUGGGAUAUAGACCAUAACCUGACCAAGAGCACUGCAGAAGGUACCAAGUGCAACUUAGAAGAUUUCCCAGAUAAGGUCCCUGCAUUGCCUUUGGAAUAUCCAACAAUCUUCACUAGUCAUGCAAGUUACUCUGACUCAUCUCAGUCUUCUGCCAAGACACUCUGUACUCCUGGGACACCUCUUGUUUAUAGCAACCCAGAGAUCAGCCAUUGUGGAAACAUUUGCUCUUUUCCUGUAAAAUCUGCUGCUCCGGUCAGUGGGAAAAUAUCAGACUGUAGGUUACUUUUGGAUUACAUCUACCGGCUCCUCUCUGAUAGCCAGUAUGAAUCAUUUAUCAAGUGGGAAGACAAAGAAACCAAGAUCUUUCGGGUUGUAAAUCCCAAUGGCCUUGCUGGACUCUGGGGUAAUCAAAAGAACCGAAGAAAUAUGACAUAUGAGAAGAUGUCAAGAGCAUUGAGGCAUUAUUAUAAACUCAACAUCAUCAAAAAGGAAACUGGACAGAAAUUAUUAUUCAGAUUCCUAAAAGUUCCUGGAGAAAUAAAACAAUACACAGCCAGUAAAUUGGAGUAGCUGAACAAUGAAGAGCAGAAAGGAGAGGACUCAAUUUUUUUUUACCAGAAAUCUCACUGUAGACAUUUGCCAAUUUUGCCAUGCCAUAGUGGUAUCAAGAGCUUGUAUUAAUCAGCAGGAAAAUAUUUGAUGUCUAUAUGAAGACAAAAAA